AAAUCACGAAAUGGUUUCAUUUUUUCAUUUUAAACGUAAGUAGAUAAACGCGAUUAUAAAAACAUGUCCAAAGAUACUUCAGCGCUAAUAAUUGGUGAAGGUAGAAUUUUGGAUAUACCUUGCAAAGUAUGCGGAGACUUUUCUUCCGGAAAACAUUACAAUAUUUUCGCUUGCGAUGGAUGUGCGGGAUUUUUCAAAAGAUCUAUUAGAAGAAACAGACAAUACGUUUGCAAAGCUAAAGAAGAAGGAAGUUGCGUUAUAGAUAAAACCCAUAGGAAUCAAUGCCGGGCGUGCAGAUUACAGAAAUGUCAAGAAGCCGGAAUGAAUAAAGAUGCCGUGCAGCACGAGAGGGGACCUCGAAACUCGACUUUGCGACGACAACAAAUGUCAAAUUUCUUCAAUGAAGCUAGAGAGAGAAUGAUGCCAUCACCACCUGUCAGCGCUUUAAAUCUGGCCAUGCCCAAACCUUCAACUCCACCCGUUUUUGAGGGUCCUUUCGGAUUUAUUGCGCCCGCCGGGUUUCUUUGUAAUACUUUAGUCAGUUUUCCACGGUUUCCGUUUCCUCUACGACCAAUAUCACCACCGACGGUAACGAAUUCUUCAGUAGUUUGUGAAGCAGCAGCCAGAUUAUUGUUCAUGAAUAUACAAUGGACGAGGACUCUUCCGUCAUUCACAUCCCUAUCACUAUCUGACCAAUUACUCCUUUUGGAAGAAAGCUGGAGGGAGUUAUUUGUAUUAGGAGCGUCACAAUUCCUUCCUUUGACUUAUCUGCCACAUUUAAUUCCCCCUUCGUUCGAAACUAGUACAAACUUUCUCCAAAGGGUACAAGAGUUUCAAGAUAUACUGGUAAACAUCCGACAAUUCCAAAUAGAUCCUCAAGAAUAUUCUUGUUUGAAGGCAACAAUUUUGUUUAAAACAAAUUUUGAUAAACCUUGUACUAAAUUAUUAAACGAACCGUCGAAAAUAGCUGCCAUUCAAGACGAAACUCAACUAACUUUAAACAAAUAUAUUACCAGCACGCAUCCUGGACAACCUUUGAGAUUCGGCAAACUCCUAUUGCUCCUUCCAACUUUGAAAAAAGUCACAGGGGAAACGAUAGAAGAACUAUUUUUUAGAAAAUCCAUCGGGAAUAUACCGAUACAGAGAAUUUUAAGCGACAUGUACAAAUCUCAAACAAAUAUGUGAUAUCUGUUGAAAUAUACACUUUACACGAUGUUGCUACAAAGCUGCGUGGUUAUAAAAGUGUACAAACACUGAUAUAUUACCUGCCUGAUGAGUGUACAAACACGUUGAAAGUUGGAUCCUGGUUUUCAAAAUUAUUUUGAACGUUAAGGUUAAACUGAUCCUACUCACAAUUUGAUUUGAAGUUUUAUAAACCUCAAACCGAUAAGAAGUUUCUUGAAAGUCAUGCACUCCCAUCGGGAUUUUCUUCGAGUAAAAUUAGGUACUGUGAGCGACGAACACGAUGAGAGGUUCCACCAAGACAUUUCUUCAAUGGAGAGGCGGUAUCGAGGAAAAAGGUGAUUUAGAAAAUAUCUUCCGGUACUCAAAUAUUCACGAGAAUUAUAAAAUUUGUCAUUGAACAUAGAAUUUGAAAUGUUAUUCAAGGUUAAAGGUAAAAAAAAUGUUGACGGUGCCUUGUAGAUUUCACAAUUUUCAGCAAAACGGUGAGUUUUAUCAUAAAAAUAAUUCUGACAAAAAUUGUAGAUCAUAAAAUUAUCUACAAAAAACGUAUUAAUACUUUUUUUCCUACGAGCCACUAUUUCUGAGAUAUAAUGACUCAAAAAGUUAGUAAAAUACAAUUUGAACAAAUUUUAUUCAAGGUCAAAAGUUUUUCGCAAUUUUUAGCAAAAUGGUGAGUUUUAUCAUAAAAAUACCUCAGACAAAAAUUGUUUAUCAUAAAAUUAUCUAUAAAAAACGUAUUAAUACUUUUUUUCCUACGAGCCACUAUUUCUGAGAUAUAAUGACUCAAAAAGUUAGUAAAAUACAAUUUAAACAAAUUUUAUUCAAAUUCAAAAGUUUUUCGCAAUUUUUAGCAAAAUGGUGAGUUUUAUGAUAAAAAUACCUCAGACAAAAAUUGUAGAUCAUAAAAUUAUCUACAAAAAACGUAUGGACACUUUUUUUUCUACGAGCCACUAUUUCUGAGAUAUAAUGACUCAAAAAGUUAGUAAAAUACAAUUUAAACAAAUUUUAUUCAAGAUCAAAAGUUUUUCGCAAUUUUUAGCAAAAUGGUGAGUUUUAUCAUAAAAAUACCUCAGACAAAAAUUGUAUAUCAUAAAAUUAUCUAUAAAAAACGUAUUAAUACUUUUUUUUUCCUACGAGCCACUAUUUCUAAGAUAUAAUGACUCAAAAAGUUAGUAAAAUACAAUUUAAACAAAUUUUAUUCAAGGUCAAAAGUUUUUCGCAAUUUUUAGCAAAAUGGUGAGUUUUAUCAUAAAAAUACCUCAGACAAAAAUUGUAUAUCAUAAAAUUAUCUAUAAAAAACGUAUCAAUACUUUUUUUCCUACGAGCCACUAUUUCUGAGAUAUAAUGACUCAAAAAGUUAGUAAAAUACAAUUUAAACAAAUUUUAUUCAAGAUCAAAAGUUUUUCGCAAUUUUUAGCAAAAUGGUGAGUUUUAUCAUAAAAAUACCUCAGACAAAAAUUGUAUAUCAUAAAAUUAUCUAUAAAAAACGUAUUAAUACUUUUUUUUUCCUACGAGCCACUAUUUCUAAGAUAUAAUGACUCAAAAAGUUAGUAAAAUACAAUUUAAACAAAUUUUAUUCAAGGUCAAAAGUUUUUCGCAAUUUUUAGCAAAAUGGUGAGUUUUAUCAUAAAAAUACCUCAGACAAAAAUUAUAGAUCAUAAAAUUCUCUACAAAAAACGUAUCGACACUUUUUUUCCUACGAGCCACUAUUUCUAAGAUAUAAUGACUUAAAAAGUUCGUAAAAUACAAUUUGAACAAAUUUUAUUCAAGGUCAAAAGUUUUUCGCAAUUUUUAGCAAAAUGGUGAGUUUUAUCAUAAAAAUACCUCAGACAAAAAUUAUAGAUCAUAAAAUUCUCUACAAAAAACGUAUCGACACUUUUUUUUCCUACGAGCCACUAUUUCUAAGAUAUAAUGACUUAAAAAGUUCGUAAAAUACAAUUUGAACAAAUUUUAUUCAAGGUCAAAAGUUUUUCGCAAUUUUUAGCAAAAUGGUGAGUUUUAUCAUAAAAAUACCUCAGACAAAAAUUGUAUAUCAUAAAAUUAUCUAUAAAAAACGUAUUAAUACUUUUUUGCCUACGAGCCACUAUUUCUGAGAUAUAAUGACUCAAAAAGUUAGUAAAAUACAAUUUAAACAAAUUUUAUUCAAGGUCAAAAGUUUUUCGCAAUUUUUAGCAAAACGGUGAGUUUUAUCAUAAAAAUACUUCAAAUGAAAAUUGUAGAUCAUAAAAUUAUCUACAAAAAACGUACCAAUACUUUUUUUUCUACAAGGCACUGUUUCUGAGAUAUAGUAAUGCAAAAAGUUGUAAAACUCGUAUUUAAUGGUUUCUCCUAAAUAUUUUCAGCAGUAAACUUUUCUUACAACAUUGAAAUGAAACUAAAACAAAAUAUAAACAGUUUUCAUCAUUGACUUCUGAUCGUGAUUGGUGUAAACACACAGUCCGUUUUGGACCCAACAGUGUUGAAACACCUUCAAAACGAAACUGUUUAUAUGAACAGUUCGUGUUUUGUUAUUGUUCUGUUCUCUUGGUGGAAAUACGUCAUAAUAUACAUAUAUAAAUAGGAAUUGAUAUGAUUGUCACUUGUCGAAAUAUUAUGUUGUGCGAGGAAGGUUCCAGAAGUGGUUUUGUAUCACUGUAAUCAAACGCGGCAACCAUAUUGCCCACAGCUUUCUCAAGACCAAAUUUUUAUUAAAUAUGCGAUGUACUGCACUUUUUGAAAUGCCUACUAUGUCUGGUAGCUCGCGCACUUUCAGUCGACCAUCAUCCAGUAGUUUUUAGUAGAUUUUUUUCAACAUUUCUGGAGUCGUCACCUCAUUUGGUCGAUCAUUGUACUGUUGGUCUUCGCGGGGCGUACGGUCUCGUUUAAACUUCGCUACCCAAUAUUUUAUUGUUGAUAAAGAAGGAUCAGUCUCACCAGAGUAGAAUCUACUUCUUUUUCAUUGUGUUUGAGGUAAAGCCUUUCAAUUAAAACACAUAGCAAUGGCCAGAGUUUUCUAUGUUUACAAUUUCAAUGAAAACUUUCACUAUUGACGGCUGACAGAUACUAAACGACAUGGCGUCUUAAAACUUGUGACAUAUGAUGUAUAGGUUAAGUACCGUCAAAUACGAUGGGUAUUUUUCAAGUAAUUACCGCCAUCUGUAAGUCAGACCAGGUACUUCUGGGAUAAUCCUCGUAAUUUAGUACUGUGAUGUAUAUAUAGAUUUUUAGAGAGUUUUAUAUCGUCAAACUAAUAGUUUGCUGGUCAAUAGCUUUAUUGUACAUAGAAGAGAAUAUUUUUUCAUGAUUUUAGAUAUAAAUUCUGAGAAUUUGUAUAAAAAACAUUUGUUAUAUAAUUUGUAAAAGAAAUGAUGUGUAAUAUAUGAUUUAUUUUU